AUGCUCUCGCAUGUGGUGUACUUCACGCCAUUAAAGGUGUACGGAAUCGACCCUCUCCAGGAACACCCACCAGUGGUCAAUAAGUCUUCGCAUGCUGGAAGCGAACGUUCGUCCAUUGCCACCACCCUCACGAGCGAGUCCGCGCCCGGCGUGGCUCCAGCCUUGUGGAGUCGGGUCAAACAAGCAGCAACCACGCCGGCGGUGAGUAGCAAUGCCGCCACCCCUCUGACGGUGCGAAUCGGCGCGCUCACGGAGGCGGCAGUGGCACCGCUGGGCGCGGCAGCGGCCGAACUGGCAUCGAUCAUGUCGGCCGAUGUGCGAUUUGACCCCGACGAUCGGCGAAAUCCAGGCUAUCAAUGGGAUAUGUCGCCUUCGCUGCCCCCCCGCUGGCGCUGGCUCGCCCUCCGAGCCGGCCGCUCCCUCAACCGAGCCGCGCUGCCGUUCCUCCGCGACGCCGACCUGAAUGACGAUGACUACGAGCUUCAGCCUCCGAAGCCAAAGCUCGAAAUGCUGCAGCUGAUGGGGAUCGCCUUCUUCGCGGUGUCGGGCUCGGCGUACGGCGUGGAGGAGAUCGUACCUCUGGGAGGUCCCUUCCUCUCCCUCGCCGCGCUGGUCAUCGCACCCGCAGUCUGGUCGGCGCCGAUGCUUCUCGUGACGGCAGAGCUGAGCGUGGCGCUGCCGCGUGCGGGCGGGUACGUCGUGUGGGUCGAAGAGGCGCUCGGAGCGAUGCCGUCGCUGCUCAACGCGAUGGCAAACCUCGCCUGCUCCGUCCUCGACUGCUCACUGCACCCCGCUGCUGCUCACGCCGAGCUGGCGGAGGCUGGGUCGGCGGGCGGCGCAGAAGGGGUCGCCCUCGCGGUCGUGCGCGUGCUGCUCGUCGCUCUCGCCGCGGCGCUCAACGUGCGAGGCGUCGACGUCGUCGGCUCUGCAGCGGGCGUGCUGAUGCUCCUCGCGCUCGACCCGGACCCGCGCCUGUGGCCCUCCGGGCGGGAGGCUUGGUUCUCCUUCCUCUGCAUCGUGCUCUGGAACUGCUGCGGGUACGACUCGGCAGGCAUGGUGGCGGCCGAAGCACUUACCCGCUGCUCGGCGCGUCGCUGGGUGGAGGUGGGCUCGAGGCUGCGCUGA